CCUGAUGCAAGAAGAAGAAGAGACUUUCAGAAGGGAAAGUUUUCAUAAGAGGAGGAAUUAUGAUGAGGAAUUAAAAGCAGAACUUUCACUGAAAGAGGAGAGUUGGGUUCCAAGAUAGGGAUCUUUCCAAAAGGGAGCACAGUACCUCACAGACAAGAGCAAGCACUGCAGACAGAAGAGAAGCAUCAGCCAUGACCUGGAGCUAACAAGAGGCCAGGCCAGCACCAUCCUACCAUGUUAACUGUGUGAAUGCCAGUCCAGGCCUUGAGAGGUAUCUGGAAGAGUGGGCAAGGAAACCAGGGACAACAGCACUGCAUGGUGGGGAUGUCUGGGGCAGGUGUAAGAGCUAAGGCAGGCUGGCAUAGAAUCAUAGAAUUGUUUUGGUUGGAAAAGAUCUUCAAGAUCCUGGAGUCUAAACAAGGCUGGUGCUAAGCCAUGUCUCCCAGCACUGCACCUCUGCCUCUUCUAAACACCUCCAGGAAUGGGGAUUCAACCACCUCCCUAGGGAGCCUCUUCCAGUGUUUGAAAGCCCUUUUGGUGAAGAAGUUUCUUCUAACAUCCAGCCUGAACUUCCCCUGGUGCAACUUGAGGCCAUUUCCUCUGGGAUCCAACCUAACCUUCAACACUUCCAGGGAUGGGGUAUCCACGACCUCUUGCGACAACCACAGCAGCCCUGAGGGAGCUGCUCAGCGCCUUUGUCUCCUGCUUUUUACCUGCCUGCUGACCCUGGCAGCAUCUUUUCCUGACAUCUACAUUAGAAACUUGCACCUCCUCAAUGGCACAAUGGAUGAAAUUAUGAAUGCUCCCCCAGAGACCACCCAGCCUGAUGAUGGUGAUGAACACGUUCGACGGGUCAGAGACGUUGCCCCACACCGCCCAGCAGCCCAUGCCCCAGGUUGGCCCAAGGACUGCAGCGAGAUGCCUGCUGGCAGCCGCAGCGGUGUCUACAUCAUCCAGCCCAAAGGGCUCCACCACCUGGUGGUGUACUGCGAAAUGAAUGUGACAAGCGGGGGCUGGACAGUCAUCCAGAGGAACCAGAAGGACACCCCAGUCACCUGGGCCGAGUCCUGGAGCACCUACAAAUUCGGCUUCGGCAGCGUGCGCAGCGAGUACUGGCUGGGCACCGAGUACAUCCAUCAGAUUGCCAAGCAGAAGGUCUACCAGGUCAGGUUUGUCAUCCAGGACUCCACAGACAACAUCAAUUUCGCAGACUACAACCUCUUCAGCGUGGAGGAUGAAAACCACGGCUACCGGCUGAGGCUGGGCUCCUACACAGGGACAGCAGGGGAUGCCAUGACCUCGGACAAUCCCAACACCAUGCAUGACAACAUGAAGUUCUCCACAAAGGAUCGAGACCAGGACAAUUACAGUAAGAAUUGUGCCUACAGCUACGAGGGUGGGUGGUGGUACUCCUCAUGCUACGCUGUACGGCUGAAUUUCAAGGGUGGCAUGACAUGGGGCAACCUGUGCAAAGGGAACUGCAAAUCCUCCCUUAUCCUCAUCAAGCCAGCUUCUUACUGUUAGUGCUUCUUCUCCCCUCCCGUCCACACCGGACACUCUGCAAAGGCUCUGCCUGGCUGAAGCAUUUGAGCCUUUCUGGAGCAGAGAGAGGAGCCCAAGGGCAGUAGGGUUUUAGUGAAAUGCCACUUUCCAGUUCCCCUCUCUGAGUGCAGGCUCCCCCUCUUUUCCUCUGUGCUUGCCAAUGAUUCCUUGUUAUUACGUUCACAAUCAAGAAUAAAAACAAUCACUUGUGAAA